AUGGAAAGUUUGAAAAUACUUGUUUUAGGAGACCUCGGUGUAGGAAAAAGUUCCUUUUUAAAAUUAAUAAGUGAAAAAUUUUAUGAAAUAUAUCCAAUUAAUUAUUUUGACUAUUUUAUAUAUUCUGAUGAAAAAGAAGAAAAUAAACAAAUUGUAAGAGCAAAAGAUUUAGCAAAUAAUAAUUGUGCACAAAAAAAUGUAGAAACAAUAGUAGAAUCAAUGUUUUUUCAAGCUAAAAAAAACUUUCUUGAAUUUAUUGAAAAUAAAAUGAAUACACAAAAUUUUUUUUUUGAAGAAAGACACAAAUAUACCUAUGGCUUUGAGAUUUACACAUUUUUAUGGAAUAAAGAUAAUGAAUAUAAUAAUAAAUUUAUAAAAAACAUUCCUCUCAAUAUGCUAAAGAAUGAUGAACUAUUAAAUAAUAAUAAUUCAUUAAAUUCAGAUGAUAAUAAUGUAUUACUUAUUGAAUUUUUUGAAAUAGGAGGAGUACAGACAUAUUCCUAUAUUAGAAAUAUUUUUUAUGAAAAACAUGAUGGUAUACUACUAGUUUACGAUUCAUCUAAUAAUAAAUCGUAUCAUAACUUGGUAAAGUGGCUUUAUGAAUUAUAUAUUAACACCAAGCCUCCUUCUGACAUUUUUUGUGUAGUAAAAAAAAAAGAAAAUACCUUGUGGAACUUUUUUAAAAAAAAAAAAAAAAAAGAUAAUUCUAAUGAAGAAAAUAUUAAUACCAUUUAUACUGAAGAUAAUUAUAAUGAAUUCAGAAAUAUAAAAUAUAAUGAUGAUGAUUUUUUAUCUGAUGAAAAUUCCGAUAUUGAAAAGGGUUAUUAUAAAAAUGGUGAUAGAAUUUUAAAAGGAGAGAUACCAAUAGCUUGUGUAGCCACAAAAAUUGAUAAGAAAAAUUCUAAAGAAAAACCUGCGUUUGCUAAAACACCCAAAAAAUCAUGUUUUUAUGACAUAUUUUUCUCUGAUUUUUUCUCUAAAGAACCUAUAUAUGAAAGUAAAAACAACUUAAAAAUAAAAAAGGAAAUUUUAAAAAAAUUAGAACAUCAUAUAAGUGAAGCAAUAGAAAUUAAAGCUAGUUCUAUCGAUUGUGUUGUUGACAUUGAUAAUUUUUUAAAUUUUUUAAAAACCGCUUAUAAUAAAAAGUAUAAGUUUCCAAAACUUUAG